UCGGAUAGCACCGCACUCUGAUAACAGUAUUUGAACUGUCAGUCCGUGUGUCGGGACGAUAGCGUAGUUUCACAAUUAAGACUCGACGAGUGCGUGUGAUUAAUCGUUCACCAGUAAAAAAAGACUAACUUCGUAUCUGGCAGAUCGUAUAAUACAGCAUAAGAAGAAAAUAGUAGUAUUCGUUGUAAAAAUAGAAGCUCACGAUUGAUUCCUCGGUCACGAAAGGUAUGCAGUUCGUGCAUGAAUCUCUGAAUUGCAGUGUUUACGCGUAGCAAGGCCGGAACGCUCGUUCCAUUCUACUGGCUUUGAUAAAAGCUUCAAACGUGUUUCUGUGGACAAUGCUUGAUUCGAAGUGAACUAGGUGAUAGUGCAUCACCAUUUCUUUCCUCCGUGUGCAUAAAUUUUCGAGUGUGACUCAUCACCGAACACCUUUGACGAUAUUCCAUAAUACUUGGUGAAUAUCGGAGAAUUGAUAGCGACUACCAUUCCGUGCAAUCACGAAUCAGGAAUGGCACAUGGAAUCGAGCUGGCGUACGUUUAAUGUCUACGCUGCGGAGACGAAAUUACGCCCGGUGCCAGGAAUUGCCAGGAUAACGUGGCCACAGUCGAUUACCCGGGAGUGGUAGUCAUCGGGAUACAGAUCCUGUCCCAGCGGGUGUCUAGAAAAACGUAGAAGAUGCAGCGUUGAAAGAUGAACGAUGAAAUAAUCGUGAACUCGGCUCUAACCGCUAGCAUUCCAUUCGCCGACGAGGAUGGCGUGGUACCAUCGGGCGUUGACCAUCGCCAGGCACGACCGAGCGUCACGCGGAGAGAGCUGACGAAGGAAGCCUUCUCGCCUAACUUAAGCUCGAGGAAUUACGUUACCUUUCGCUCGGCGCAAACGAAAAUCGAGGGGAACGUGCUUCAAAAGAGCGCGAUGUUCAAUCAGCCGCAAAGACAAUUGAGACAGCCCGGUUUAAAGAGAAACAAGAGUGAAACAGUGGAACCUGGCGCAGAGAGUUGCCUGCAAAGGUACGAGAACGUAGUGUCGAGGUACCAAAAGCCGAAACGUCGGCAAGGGAGUCGGGAAAGACAGAAUCACGGUUAUUCGAGCAGCGAUGAGAGCGUGGCGAGAAUUAAAUCGAAGAGUAUUAGCUCCAUUGAUACUCAAUCUGUGAACAAUAUAUUGGACGAAUACGAGGAUUUGGAUUGUAGAAGAUCGUCGGAUCUGAGCGACGUGGGAAGCAUCGAUGUGUCUAAUUACGAAGCAGUGAUGAUGGAUCAGCAGAGGAAGCAAGAGAAGCUGAGAGUGACGAGGACCAAGUGUUCGGUUGAGAAGCAACAACCAGUUUUAAAAGUGAACCAGCAGACUCAGGUGAGGCAACGAUCCCACGAGAGGCCGAAAGAAUCUAUCAGACAGGAGGAGAAUUCGAUUCCUAUGACCGUGGACAGUCGGACCAGAGUACCAGAAGUCUUACUCCGCAAGGGUGAAGUUCAAAAAAGGGUGGACGAAUGGUUGAACCAAACUCAGAGUCAAAAUUUCCCACGUGAGAAACCAUUGACUAGAUCGAACAGCAGUGCGGAUCAGAAGAGUCAGAGGAAGUUUCGUCAGGACUUACGAUCGAGAUCGAUAGACGAAGGAAGAGAUAAAUUGAAUGGAACUUCGUCGAGCUACGACGACCUGAGUCGUGGCGACAGGAAGCCGGAACGUAAAGUGAACAAAAUGAACGUUGGCGUCAAUACGAGCAGAGGUACGUACAAGGAAUACCUGGCGUUGAAAAGCAGGGGCAAGGACUACGGUUUCAGCGCGUCGAACAACAUCGUCAAGUCGAGGGACAUGAGUCCUUCGACUGGGUCAAGAAUUCCUCAAAGGGGACCACUGAGCUCUAGCUUCAAAUCGAGACGAUUAGAAUCUAACAGCGAAGCGAAUCAAGAGAAUGUUGCGAGUACCGAGAACCGAUCCGUCAGCAGAUUGACGAGUUUGGUAAAGAGUAGAAACGAGUCCGAUGCCAGGAUAUCUGGAGCUACUGGUGUUACCAGCGUUAUACCCUGCAGGAGAGCAUCGUUCAAGCGUUCGCAGAAUCACGAUCCGAGCUCGACGAGAGCGCUCGUUAAGGAGGAGGCGAGUCAGAGGGCGAGAGGGGCCGCAGCGAAGGGCCCGACGAGCAACUUUGGUGACCAAGGCGAGCCGAUCUCGCCAAAUAAGGACGGAGAAAGUAGGCGGUCGGCUCUCACGAACGAUUCACCGCGAGCCGGUGAUAAAGCAACCGAUGUCGGUCGUAAAUCGACGGAGGCCUCCUCGAGGAGCCGAGAUUGUAUCCCGAGGAUCGAGGAGUCCAGGUACAAGGAGAAGAGAGAAAACAAAAUGAAUCAGGAAGCUGUGUACGGGGCGCGUGUCAAGAGUAUUCAAGGCCAACAAGAAUCGAGACCGAAGAACCUUCAAGGCUUCGAGUCCGAGAUUAGAAAACCGCCGGUUCUACCUAGGAAAGAACAUCAAGAAAAGAGUUCGUCCAUCGGUCAAUCCACGUUCAAGCCGAACGCUCGCGCGUACGCGACCUUGCAACAAUUGAACGAACAAAACAAGUGCAGAUCGUCGAGUAACAGUUCGUUGGAAAAAUCUCCAAGCAGAUCGCACUACUCGUCACCGAAUCACGUGGAGAAGAUAUACGAGCGUAGCUUGCAGCCUCAGGUGAUUCACGUGGAUGACCUGCAAUCGAUUCUGCGACCUUCUUUGCAGGUUUCCGCUUACGGCGAGGUAGAUCGCAGCUCGCCUGCCAAAGAACCGGUGAAGCUCGAGGAGGAGCCGAACGAGGAGAAAAACGCGAAGGUUUACGAACAACAGCGGAUCGAGAUGCGGUACGAGCAGCUGGAGACUAUCGAGGAAGACGAUCAGAGGAGCGAGGCGUCCGUUCGCAGGUACCCGGAGAUCGGAUUGAGUCAGUGCCUCAGGAUCCAGCAGAACGGUAGACCCAGUCCGGUGGAUAAGAAACAACAGAACGAACCUGCUAGGACGUUCCUCACGUUUCAUUCGAACUCGCCCCAGGCUGUUAAAACGAAUCAGCAAUCGCAACCGGAAGAGCAGGAGGAGAAACAGCAGACUAUGAUCCUAGAGGAUUACGAGACCCCGUACGAAUCUGGAAACAAUUUGAUGGACAGGAACCAAAUGUGUCACACGCGGGAGAACAGCAAUCUAUCGACGGCUACCAUCCCGGUGGACGAGCUGGAGAGUGAAAGCCAAGCCAUGUUCAAGGCCGAGGACACGAACAGGCCUGACGCGCAGGAUUCGAAGGAUGUUAGCAAGAAAUCGGACAAAAACGAAAAAAAGGAGGUCGAAGUGGUGAACGAAGUGUUAGUGAAAAAUCUUCAAUUCAAACAGGACCUGCCCAAGGACGUGGAACACGGUGACACGUUUCUCAGGAUCAUCGAACACGUUGGACAGAGGUCGAUGGGUUUUCACAAUGUUCUGUGCGACAAUUACGAGAACGUGCGCGGGUUUAAAGAAAACAAGGUUUACGUGACCAAGGAGGAGAUGGAGAGGCAGAGGCUGAUGGACCUGCUCAGGAAGGGUGACUACGAGUCGGUGAAAGCGGAAUUGGAGAGGAGUUACACCCUCUCAACGCCGGGUGGUAGCAGCCCCGUUUGCUGUCCGCCUUGCAGCCCGCCACCGGCUCCGGCCGCUUACAUAUCGAGCGCACGUGCGUCCUCGCGGAGGCUCGGAACGGGAAGCGGAGGUCCACCGUCACCGGAGAGAGAUCCCCUUGGGAGACUCUUAAGAUUCCUGAAGAGUUUCUACAGGGAGUUGGGUACCCGCGACUCGCCCCAUUUGCCGGGAUGGGCGUCGCCACUACCGCUGGGCACCCUUUGCCCGGCGCACUUUCUACCGCACCUGCAGCUGCUUCACAAGGGCGGCGAGCAGGAGGCAAGGCUCGAGAACAUCAAGCCCGACCAGAUAUUCGCCCCCGUCAGGUUGAGUGACGGAACAGUGUCGGAAGCACCGCGUCGCGUGGCGAUCGAGGGCGGCCCCGGAAGCGGAAGAACCACCCUUUGCCUGCGUCUGUUGCAUCAAUGGGCGAUCCAAGGGGAUGGUCCGGCUCUGGCGUUGAUCGUACCCCUUCGCGAACUUCGCGGCAGUCCCGUGCUGAAUUAUCUGUCCCGGGAAUUGUUCCCGAGGACGGCUGGCAUCGGCGACGCCGUGGCUCAAGUCUGGCGCACUCUGCACUUAAUGGAGGAUCGGGUUCUCUUCCUGCUGGACGGUUACGACGAGUGCGUGGGCGGGAGAGCGUCCCUGGGCGACGCCGUGGACCUCCUCGAGGGACGUUUAUUCCCGGACGCGAGGAUUCUGGUCACUUGCUCGCCGAGCAAUUCGAGCGUGCUGUCGCCGUUGGUGCAAAGGAGGAUCCAUCUGGCUGGAUUGAAGUGGCCGCACGUCGAGAGGCUGUGUCUCGCUUGUUUCAUUCACAACGACAACGCCGAGAAGGCCGGAGAGUUCCUCCAGGCGUUGAACGCUCAGCCUCAAACGGUAAAACAACUGGCGCAGCAUCCCCUCGGAUGGAUCAUGCUCUGCUCUCUCUAUCAGGAUUCAGGGAGCUUGCCCACGGAAACCAGUGCAUUAAUACAAGCAGCAGUAAAGUGCAUCGUGAAGAGAAGCCUAGAUCCACCGGUUCCCUAUAACGAAGAAAUCCCAGGGCAUUGUAGAAAGCGCCUGGAAGAUUUUGGAAAGUUGUCCUUAGCCGCGCUUAGAGAAGGGAGAUGCUCUUACACGGAAGCUGAACUUAGAGCUCGAGGCGGCGGGAUAGAAGUAACCAGAUUAGGUUUUCUGACCAAAGGUCUGACGUUCGGGCAAAGAAGAAAGCCGGAUUUGUACACACCGAUUCACAUGGCCGUCGCCGAAUUCCUCGCGGCUUAUUAUCUAACUUCCGUGGCUCAGUAUGCGAAUAUCCUUCGAAGGGAAUUGGAAGGUCUACCUUCAGGAAUUAUCAGUCAUCUGGCUGGGCUGUUGGGACCCAAAACGCAUUUGAUACUGAAUCAACUUUGUCCAUUGGAAGUGCCACCGCGAACGGUGUUCUCUUUGUUGAAAGCCGCCGGUGCCUCGGAUGGAAAUAUCUCUGCGGUGUGUAGAUUAGUCGGUGCGGGUCCUGGAUUCGGUCCCUCGCCCAACGAAAGACCCCCAGCACCCUUGGUGCACACCUCGCCUUUGGAACUCGAGGGAUGGGCGAGGAUCCUCGAGAGCCCGGCGUGCACUCUCGAAGCUCUGGAGGUGGUGUUCCAAGUCGAGAGAGGCUCCGAUCCUACGUACCUGGACGACUUCUUCGAAGCUCUGGCUGGAAACGAGAGCGUGAAACUCGUGAGGAUCACCUGGCUUCUCGGACAAGAGUUCCCGGUCGACGAAGCGCAGAAGUUGGCUGGGCACUUGAAGAGUGUCUUGGGGAAGAAGAAGCUAAAUGAUUUUGAACUGGUCAUCACUUGCUUGGAAGAAGCCGCCCACGAUCGAUUGGAGUGCGUGGUGAACGCUCUUUGCCGUGGACUGAGUCACGCGUCCCCGAGUCUGGCGCGGCUGGUCCUCGACAUGAACCUGUCCGGGGAACAAGUGUCCCGGGUUUGUGACGCUCUCCGCAACUGCGUCCAGGUGCAAGCGUUGCAUCUGCCACAUUUGAGCUGCGGCUGCGUGGGUCUGGCGUCCGUCGCUGAACUCCUCAAAGAGAGGCCUCUGCUGGCUUUGAACCUCGCCGGCAGCUGGGGUGUCAAGAACGAGGAUCCGUCGAGUUCUGGAAUCAGUAUGGGUUCGGGCUCCGGUUCCGGGAGUAGUGGCUGCGCGUCCAGCACCCUCGGGACGUUACCCUUGAAUCGUUGCUAUUCAUCCUUGCCGAGGGGUGCGUUGGCAGCUUACGGCAGUUUGACAAGGCCGGCGACGCUUCCGCGCCUGCCCUUGGGUCUUGGCCUUGGUCCGGCUCCAACCACCGGAAACGGACCGCUGCCACAAAACGAUAAGGAUAGGGACAGCAACGGCAGCAGCAAAAGGAAUAGCGACAGCGUUCUCUGUCACCGUUUGCCAUUACUUCAUCCACUGCCGACCUGCGAUAUCAGCAGUCAUCAGGGCACUGGUUUCCAUGAGAUUUUCAACGCCAUCAGGGAGCCAAACUGCAAGCUGAGGUCUCUGAACGUGUCUAAGUGUUUGCACGGCGGAUUGGACGCUGGUUGCCUCGGCGAGACGAUUAGGAGAGCGCGGAAUUUGGAUGCUGUGAGAGCGGCUGGUGCCUCGAGGCCCGCGGACGUGAUGCCGUUGGUGCUCGCCCUGACCGAGGCGCCUUGUCUUCAACUCCUGGACCUGGCCAGCCCCCGGCUGGCCCUCGACGAUCAUCCCUCAAGAUUGUUGUGUCACGCUCUUGCAAGAAACACUACUUUAAAGUUACUCAGUCUCGAGGGAUGGACUUUCAGGAUAGAGGAGGCGGACAGUCUGUCGGUAUUCUCGGAGCUGCUGAGAUACACGAGCGUCCGCGAGCUGAGCCUGUGCAACGCGCGACUGCAUCUGGCCGUGCACGAGGGUCCUUUGGCGAGAUUAGGUCGUCGGGACGACGCCGGUGCCGAGCUUCUAAGAGCGGCGCCUCCUCCGGCUUGUCCCGCGAUUGUGUUCCUGAGACUAGCCGGUUUUCAAGUAACAGUCAACGAUCGGCUGGCACUGCGCGGUCCUCUCCUCUUGCCGUUUUUGGCUGGUUUCACUGCCUUGAGCGAACUGGACCUCUCGCUGGAUAAAUCAACGAUAGGCGGUAGCAGCGGCUCGUUGUUGUUCAUCGACGACAAGAUCCUCCAACAUUUCUUUUCCUGUCUCUCCUCGCACUUUCGCAACCUCCAAUCGUUGAGGAUCAACUUCUGGCGGAUCACGUUGGACGACAGCGAGAAGACGAUGCGGCAAAUCGCCAAGUACCUCAAGCUUUGUAACCUGAGCUUCCUGAAGGCCAACGGGCUGAUAAUGACCGAUAGCGCGAAGAAGAUUCAGAUGGAGCACGUCUUUGUUCAAACGAUCCUGACUCAUCUUCAGUACUUGACUUGGCUGUGCUUGGACGGGGUCGAUUUAUCGGAAACACAGGCCACGAGUAUCGGGAAAUGCGUCAGGGACCGUUUCCCGGGCACUUCGUUAGAUAUCAGCAUUAAAGAUGUACACGUGAAGUCGGUGAAAGCGUUGGUCGCUGCUAUAGAGGAAGGAGGAAGAGCGGAAGUCGUAUACACGGGAGGAUCGAAUUGCCGAUUGAAGAUCACUAAGAUCCAGAAGAACGGCAAGGGGAAAAAGAAGUGAGAACUCGACGGCCGACGAUGUUGAGAUCUAAUUGUUUGAUCGCUAGAGACGUGAUCAUAAUGGAUUUGAUUGUGAAACGAGAAAGUAAUUGAGUUGUGGGUCCUGGAUCCGGUGAAACGGAUCUCGAAGAGAACGAAGAAACUAAACGCAUAGUUUUUAGCCAUAAGAGGCACCUAGGGUAAGAAGACAUAUUUACAGGAGGGGGAGGAACGAAUAAAGGAUGGAUCGAUCGAGGUCGAACACUUUGCGGAUUUUCGUCUUACUACUGUGAUUUCCUUUUCUGCGUUUCCUAACGAUAUGUAGAGAUAGUGUUAGCAGUCGAUUGAACGCAGAAAGAAGUUGGACACGAUCCUAGCAAAGAGGUCUUUGUUUUAGAGAAGUUAAUCCUUUCGAGCAGAUGAAAAAUGAUCGCGAGACCAACACACGUAUUACUGGAAUAUAUUUAAAGAGGCUGUUGCAAACUACAUAGAUUCGUUGUUGUUAGAUAAACUGUAAAAUACGAGAUUCCGAGAGUAAUAUAUUAUUAUUAUUAUUAUUAUUAUUGUCAUUACCUUAUGAUUAACCGCAUUAAUUAUUAUUAGUAUAUUCUGAUCACACGUUUAUUAAAUGUUACGAUCCGAUUGCAUUUUCCAAUCGACGAUCCAAGAGUGAAAUGGCUUUACGCGGCGGGGCGCGAUGUUGCAGACUUGAAAGAGAUUUUAUAAAAUUAUAUUCUAUAGUAGAAUAGAAACGAGAAAAAUGUAUCCAAGAAACACAGAGUGUCGUCGGGUUUCAGAUUCACGUUACGAUUAAACUAAACAGCAAAAAGGGAAAACGAGAAACUGCCAAAUCACGUAGACUUUAAUCGCGAUUAUUAUUGUAUCACGAGUUCAUUUUUUAGGAUAAGGGAGGCACGACGAUUUUUAUUCGCCGAACCAAAAGAAUUUUGCGAACACGAUGGAAAACGUGUUAUACUGCCAUAAACUUAAAUACAAUUUGAACGCGAAGCAAAUCGACGAGUCAGUUUCGUUUCAGCUUUUACGCGACGAUACGAGUUUCGCGGUGUUCGCUCGAUUUUUCGUCUUAGACGGUGAAGGAUGGACCUUUUUAAUUGUCCAUUUAUAGAUAAGCUGGCGUUUUUUCAUUUUUGAUAGUUUGCUAUGUAAAUAAAGACACCGCAUCCCCCCCGGUCGAAAUUGGACCCGUUAUAAUUCGUGAUGCCGUUUUCAAUCAAUGAACUCGAAAGCGGUGGGAGACUGACGUUGACGUCUCGCGCUCGCGUGAGACAUCAACUUCAGCGAUUUUAUUAUAAAUAUUUAUGUAUUUAUAUAUGUGUACACAUAUCCUUCGCAAAUAAAUGUAAUAUGUGUUUGAAGAUGUUCGUCUAC